AGUUCGCUAGAAGGCGGAGUAGAAGGCGGAUCAACGUGUUUACGUUAGACAUCGACGUUUGUUCGAGUAUAAAAGAAUGUGAUUUUUCACUAGAGUCAGAGAUUAACCGCGCACACAUGUAAAGUAUUAUUUUUUUUAUCGCCAAGACUCGACCGUCGGAACGGAAUUCAGGCGACGACGCGACGUUUUGGUUUAGAAGCUUGCCACACAUUUUUCCAGUAGGCGAACGCGUAGAUUUUCCGUUCACACUUUUUUCGAUCCAUAUAAAAGUUUUGCAAACGAUGACAGUAUUACAUAAAACAAUGUCGGCGCGAUAAAAAUAAUUCCACGCAACGGAAAGAAUAUACACAUAUAUCAAAGAUAAUUGUAAGAAUAGUUGUAAAAUGACAGUCGGACAUCGAAGAAAUUACUAAUAUACACGCUGUAUAGAUUUCUAAUACAUUUAAGAUACUCGCUUUUACCCGCGUGUAUCUACGAGGUAGGUAAAUGCACGUGGAAGGUACGUACGAUAAUAAUUCUAUUGCGCGAACCUCGUCGUUAUUUGCAGAUUUACGAUCCGCUAUUUUCUUUGCGCACAGAUACAGUAAAUGCUACCAUUUCUGCUCACUGCCUUAAGAUUCCAUACGAGAUUACAAAAAAAGGAGUCAGUGAUUAGAAAUUGGGACUGUUUCCGUGUUUGUUGUUCACCGUCCAUCCGCGAUUCAAUCGAGUUUAAAAGGUCGGCAUUGACGCCACAGCGAAUUAAACGCGCGUUCCAUUUGGACGCAAGCAAUUUCAUGCCGUGAAAUGUUGCGAGGCUCGUGGCUCGCGCGUCACGGAAUAGAAAUUCGUAUUAUGUAAAUAAGCGCGUGUAGCACUGCGGGGCGGGGUCGCAUCGUUGUGUCUUUAAAUAAAGUCUUCUACGGUAUCGGUAUUGUAUGUACGCGACGGUACGCAAUCUCCCGCGUCAUAUUUAUAGCCGUCGUCGUAGGCCUCCACCUGUUGUCAAACGUCUCUUGCCCCUAAUCGUGACUGUUGCUUUUUGCUCAGGCGACAGUCACGAGCCAAGGGCGAACCAUGGACGAAAUUGAUAGAAUUUGUACAUUAAAAAUACCGAUUAUACGUAUGCACAUGUGUAAUAAAAACGUAUCUAAAUAAUAUAAUUAGCUCGUUUGCAUGUUGUAUGUACAUUUACAGGCGGAAGACGCAGCGCUUAAAACUUGGGUCUUUUUGUACGUGGAGAUCUUCGAGAUCGUACAUUUUAAUUAAGAAUCGUAAACUAUGGACGUGAAUUAAAAUUCGGUAUGUGAAUCGGUAACAGUAGUAAAAAUACGGUAUGUCAAUUUGCUUUUAACGAAGACACCUUCUCUUUUAAGAGUUUCAUCGUCUCGUCCUCACCGUUCGUACAAGUAGAAACCCUCGAUGUAGAAAGUUUGCGAACGUGUCAGGUUUUUGGUUUUCAUACAGAUAGCGCCAGCGUUCAGUCACGCACAUACUUCCAGUGGUAAACCAAACCAUUUUGAGACCAACGAGACCAACGUUGACUGCUUUCUGCCCGUUCUGCUGCGUUCGCAUAGACCACAAAGAUGUAGAUCGCGCAUCGUGGAUUGGACUGUGAAAUGUUUACGUUUGUCUCACACUAAAAAUGUGUGUAAUAUUCCUGACGUAAGGAAUUGUCUCUGAACAACAGUUGUAUUUGAAUCAUAAUAGAAUCUUGUGUCUACGUUUGUACGCGAUUGAACGACGAUUAUUAAUUUCGCUGGACAUCGAGAUUUAUAUGGAUGAUGGCUGAUGCAUUGCAGAAAUGGAGCCCAUACGCGAAAGAAUAUUAUCCUUUGAAAGCGGGUAGCAUCGAUGGUACGGACACGGAACCACACGACAAAGCUAUCAGCCGGGCGAUACAGGCGCGUUAUGAACCGCCUCGCGGAAUUAAAUCAAAGCCGGAAAGAACGUUGUUCGUUGCCAGAUUCGGCCCAAAAAUCACCAAACAUGAUUUGAAAGAGUUCUUUUCCAGGUACGGAGAUGUUAUAUCAGCAAAAGUUAUGGUCGACAUCGUAACCGGUCUGUCCCAAUGCUAUGGAUUCGUAGAAAUGAGAAGCGAAGAUGACGCUAAACGAGCGCUCAGACGUUGCGUUGAUGUCACUUUGAGCGAUUACGAAUGUGGCCGAACGAUGAAAGGAUGGAAACCAAGGAGACUCGGCGGCGGUUUCGGUGGCAGAAAGGAGUCGGGACAGCUCAGGUUCGGCGGAAAGGACAGACCUUUUAAAAAACCGAUUGUGCCGAAUAUUGUGAGGAACGACAGUCAGGAGCACUCUCGGCAUCAGGAAUCGUCGAGAGAGGAUCAUCGUCAUGGUCAUCGUCAUCACUACCAUCAUCGUCAUUAAAAAACGAGCCGAUCUACGCGACAAUUUGUAAUAUAGAACAUUUUCAUUAGCAUGUUUGUGGAUUCGUUUACGAAUUCUGCAACAUCGAUUUCGAUCCAAUGUAAAUAUUUAAGAGACUGGCGUACCUCUUAAACGGUUUGGAGCUAGCGCGCGUUACGAAACGCUUUGCUAUUAUUAAAUCUUUGUUUGCCUCAAACGUUGACACGAGAAACUUGUUUAUCUCGUAAAUGUCGCUCGUAUCGAGCGUGGAUAAAUUAAAUAUAUUUUUUAUUUUUGAACAAA